AUGACCACAGUCUCUAUCGACCUCAAAUUCCAGAAUGAGAAUUUGGGGGUGGGCAUUUACUACGAGAAUCCUCUAAAUCUCACCAUUACUUAUAUCCCACAAAACAUAACCAUUUUUAUCACCAUUCAAGGGUUUUAUCAAGGGAACGGAAAGGUUAACCAUAUCCAAGCCUCUGCGGUGGUUCAAGACUUGUUUUCAAACGUUGAAGAACGUAGAACACUGGCAGAGACGCAUGUUUCAUUGUUUGGCCCAGCCAAAGUGAUCGAUUUCAUGGUAGAUUUGGAGACGAAAAUAAAGUUUAAGUCGAUUGAGAACAAAAAAUCCAAUCUAAUGGUCAGAUCUGCUGUAGAGGUCAACGGCAACACUGGGACGUCUGUUUUAAAGACCAUUCAAAUGAAGUAUGCUACUGGAUCGAAUAACUGGGGAGCUGUGCAAUGGCUAUUAUUCCUUCCUUUGUUUAUUUUAUUUAUGGUUGCGACUUUCAUCGUUGUUUUGUUACCUUUACUAUUAGUGCUUGUUUUUUUUUGUUAA